AUGGCGAGCGCAAAUGCAGGCAAUGUCAUCCGCAGGAAAUUGGUCAUCAUCGGCGAUGGAGCCUGCGGCAAGACCUCCUUGCUGAGCGUCUUCACCCUUGGAUACUUCCCAACACACUACAUACCCACAGUCUUCGAGAACUACGUAACCGAUUGCAGAGUCGACGGCAAGUCGGUGCAACUAGCAUUAUGGGAUACAGCAGGGCAGGAAGACUACGAGCGAUUGCGGCCCCUCGCAUACUCUAAGGCACAUGUGAUUCUGAUAGGAUUCUCGAUUGAUACGCCGGAUUCCCUGGAUAACGUGAAGCACAAGUGGAUAGAAGAGGCACAAGAGCGCUGCCCUGGAGUGCCCAUCAUCUUAGUAGGACUCAAAAAGGAUCUGCGGGAUGAUCCGGUGGCAAUAGAAGAGAUGCGCAAGAAAUCGCAGAAGUUUGUGACGGAGCGCGAGGGCGAAGCCGUCGCACACGAGGUCGGCGCCCGCAAGUACCUCGAGUGCUCAAGUCUGAGCGGCGAGGGCGUCGACGACGUAUUCGAGGCAGCCACACGAGCUGCCCUGCUAACAUUCGAAAAAGGCGAGGGAGGCGGAUGUUGUGUUAUUUUAUGA